CAAAUAGCCCUGGGGUUAGGAGGCAGCGAGGGUUUCUUUUCAACCCUGGUUUUGAUAGAACAAGAAGCAUCAGAGUUCGACAGAGCGAAGAAGACGACGAAGCCGAGAUGCCUUGCUUGAACAUUUCGACCAACGCCAACCUCGACGGCGUCGACACCUCCGCCAUUCUCUCCGAGGCCACCUCCAGCGUCGCCAAGCUCAUCGGCAAGCCCGAGGCUUAUGUGAUGAUCGUGUUGAAGGGGUCAGUCCCCAUUGCUUUUGGUGGGACUGAGCAGCCUGCUGCCUAUGGCGAGUUGGUGUCAAUUGGCGGUCUGAACUCCGACGUGAACAAGAAGCUGAGCGCCGCAAUCGCUUCGAUCCUGGAAACCAAGCUGUCCAUCCCCAAGUCGCGGUUCUUCCUGAAAUUUUAUGAUGCCAAGGCCAAUCAAAGCCAAGAAUAUGCACAGUGUUUGCAUGCUUUACACCAGCACUAGGUCAUGGUUCCUUCUUUGGAUGGAAUGGAACAACCUUCUGAGCUGCUGGUCGCUUUCUGCUUCAACGUUUUCCAUGUAUUUCGGCCCUAAACUCUACUUCUAGGCCUGUUACAACUGUCUUCUUUUGGGUAACUCUGCAACUAUCUCCCCAUGUGCAUCUUGCCAGGGAAUAUGGAAUAUCCUGAACUUUCAUUAUAUGCCGUCCUGUGGCUGUGAAGCAUUUCUGUAUGUUACGGCCGGUUUGUCAGGUGGAAAUAUAUGCUUUGCGCAGUA